AUGUACUAUGAAAGAAGCGUCUUAGAGGAUUUCUUCUAUAUUAUCAAGGAACAAACAGCGAGAGCUAAUCAUAUCCCUGCACCAAAGAAGAUCAGAUUUACUGGUCGAAAAGUUAGUGAGUUCAAAUCUCAGAUCUACAACGCAACAUUCAGAAAUCAAAAUCGUCCUGAAUUCACCUUGCAAGCUUUAGAUCUUGAAAUUAUUCACAACGGGCUGAUACUAGACAAUGAAGAUGAGCUUGAAUAUUGUCUGACUACUUAUUAUAAUCCCCUGAUCAUAUACGUCCCUUCUGAUUUCAACCAAGAACAGUAUAGAAUGUUCACUAAGAUAGCGAUUGAUAAUCUGGAGAAUUACAAGCACUUUGGCAGUUCACUUCACGAUCAAGUUAAUUUAUUAUAGCAAAAUAUAGACUCAAUAAUGGAGUAAUAUUGCAGAAUAGAGUCCUAGUCUGUGUAAACUCCAAUUAGUAGGAAUGUCCCUUAGCCUAUGAUAGGUGGAGAUGGACUCUUCAACUCGACUUAAACUUUACAAAAUCUUUACUCAUAGCCAACUUAAUAUACCACUUAGCCAGCCUCAUAAUAGUCAACAAGGCAUAAUACCCCUAAAGGUUCAAAGAGGGGCUUUUCUUUGCAUUCAGAAUUGGAUGAUAUGAUGAGUGAUUUUAGGACACCAAUUAUACAUUCACAGGUCUAGUCUUAAGUAAUAGUUAAUCAAUUACCACCAAUAAGCAUGUCCUAAUAAGUUAUUGAUCUCACUGACUCGAAUAUUGGAGAUGAACCUGCUCAUAAUGUUAUGAGCUAGUAACUACCCUAAAUAAUCCCAACUUCCCCAUCGUUGUAAUGGAGUGAGUAGUAUGAAAAGUAAAGCUAAAGAGCUAAGGCAUUAAAGAAAAUUGAUGUAAAACCUCUAAUAGAACGUAUAAAUUCUCUGAUUAACAUGUUUGGAGGACCUUUGAUAGCUUUUGACAUGGAAUGGAAGAUCAGAUUAUUUGUGAUUGAAGUAUUAAACUAUGCUUUGAUUUAUAAGCCAUGUCCAAUCAAUAAGAAAAUAGAAGUUCACACUAGUAUAGGAGGUGAUAGCGUAUCAAAAACAAACAAGAAAGACAAAAAAUAGUAGGAAUUAAGGAUUGACGGUGAGAAGGGCAUAGAGUAAUUUGGUCAAAAAGUAUAACCUGAUUUGACAGUUCAGUACUAUGACAGCCAGCAAAUGCUAUACAUAAUUGAAAUCAAGAAUUUUAAUACCAUCAAGGGAAAAGGUAUUCUAAAGACAGCAAUAAGUGAAAAUUUCAAGCAAUUGAGGAAUUACUGUUUAUAGAGGAAAAAACUUGAGAUGAUGGGCAUCUCAACUAAUUUUGGUAUGUGGAUAUUUACUUUUUAUUCAAAGAAAACAGAGGUCAUUACUAGCACCUAGCCGUUCAUGGUAUCUGAUCCUAUAGAGAUUAUGGAUAUCAGAGAUGCUGAAAUGAGAGAGGAUGAGCUUCGAAAGCUGAUUCUCAUUAUAAAUUUACUUUGCUAAAAUAACUAGUGUCUUCUAUGA